UAAACAUAAUACCUGCGGCGCUAAAUGUGACACAUGUUGUCCCGGAUACGAACAAAAGUCGUGGAAACAAUCAAAGCAUAAUGCUCCUUUCAGAUGUGAACCUUGUAAUUGUUUUGGACACAGUAAUCAAUGCAUUUAUGAUGAAGAUAUCGAUAAGAAUCAUUUAUCCCUGGACAUUCAUGGCAAAUUUGAAGGAGGUGGUGUAUGUCAAAAUUGUCAACAUAAUACUGAAGGAAUCAAUUGCAACAAGUGCAAACCUAAUUAUUUCCGGCCCUAUGAGAAACACUGGAAUGAAACCGAUGCAUGUCAACAUUGCCAGUGUGACGUUUUUUACUCUACCGGAAAUUGUGCGGAAGGAUCAGGUCGAUGCGAAUGUAAAAAAGAAUAUACACCUCCAAACUGUGAUAAAUGUAGUUUUGGCUAUUAUGGUUAUCCUGAUUGCAAGCCUUGCGAAUGUUACCUGAAUGGUACCCGUCAAUUACAAUGUUCCGCACAUGAAGGGGAAUGUAACUGUCUACCAAAUUUCGGAGGAAAAUACUGUAAAGAAUGCGCUCCUGGUUUUUUCAAUUUUUCCGAUUGUAUAAGAUGUCAGUGUGAUCCACUGGGAUCGGUCUCGGAGUUAUGUGACCAAGAAACUGGCAGUUGUACUUGCAAAAAUAAAUAUGCAGGUUUGAAAUGUGAUCAGUGCAGAGAUGGAUAUUAUUAUAAAGGAAACGAAUGCACUUAUUGUAACUGCCAUCCAGCUGGUGUAGUAGCGGGCUUUGCUGGCUGUGGAUCAGUACCUGCUGGUGAACUCUGCCAGUGUAAAGAAAGGGUGGAAGGCAGAAUAUGUAACAAAUGCAAACCUCUCUUUUGGAAUCUCAACCCUAACAACCCAGAUGGAUGCGAGGAAUGUAAAUGCAAUAGAACCGGAAUUCUUGGCGGAAUUGGCAUUUGUGAUACUGAAGAUGGUCAGUGUGUGUGUAAACCUUCUGUCAUAGCACGAGGUUGCUCUGAGUGUGCUGAUGGUACAUAUGGUUUGAGGGAAGAUGAUUUAUUUGGAUGUUCAGAUUGUGGAUGCGAUGUAGGUGGUUCUGUAAGCAACAUCUGUCAUAAAACAACUGGCCAAUGCUUGUGUCAAUCUCGUGUAACUGGUCGUACCUGUAAGGAGCCUCUUCAAGCUCAUUAUUUUCCCACCUUAUAUCAAUACCAGUACGAAGUAGAAGAAGGUCGAACUCUAGAAAAUAGCCGUGUUAGAUACGCCCACGAUGAAUAUGUUUUCCCUAAUUAUUCAUGGAAGGGUUAUGCGGUAUUUUCAUCGCUUCUACAACGAUAUGUCACUCAGGAUAUAUACAUUUCCAAACCAUCUUUGUAUCGAAUGGUGUUCAGAUUCGUCAAUCAAAAUCCUUAUACAGUUAUCGGGGGAGUACGGAUAAUUCCUGAUAACCCCAAUGAUAUUGAACAGUACAUUCAAGUGCAGUUCAGAAAUACCUCUCAGCCUGCUUUCGUUACUGUAUCUGGAGAAACUGGAAAUACCCCAAAACCUUUUGUGAUGAAUCCUGGUCGUUGGUCGGUUAGCAUCAACGUCAACCACAGUAUUUUUUUGGAUUAUUUUGUGCUACUUCCGGAAGACUUCUAUUUGGCAACUAUUUUGAAUCAAAAAGUUGAAAACGCUUGUAGUGUGGAUGAGAAAGAUAUGUGCCGCCAUUACGAGUAUCCGAAUGUAUCUUUUUAUGACAGGUCUUUAGGCGUCGGUGGAUUUGGACAGAAUAAAAAGCCAUUAGAGCAGUGGUUUGAAGACAAAAAUCAUUUGAACAACAUCAACGUGAAUAACAGAGUGCCUUUGCUGAAUUCCCUACAGCCAGAAAUAACUUUCAACAUAAGUGUUCACAAACCUGGAAAAUAUGUGAUUGUUUUUGAUUAUAUCACCCCUCUUAGUGAUCUACGUACCCAUGAAAUCCAAGUGGAAACUCAAACUAAAGGAGGAAUCAAAAAUGGUCACCUCAAACUCUACUCCUGUCCAUACUCAACAAUGUGUCGUCAAGCAAUUAUCAAUGAAAAGUUGGGUGUUGGGUCGUACAAUGUGGAUGGAAAUUUCGUUUUACUUACUCUUAAGGGAGACAAUGCCAACGUUGGGAUCCAUGCUGUAUAUGCAAUUCCAUAUGAAGAAUGGUCUUUAGAUUUUAUCAAACCUAAACCGGUUUGUAUAAGGAAGAAUGGAACGUGUAUAAAAUCUUCCUUCCGUAACCCACCCGAAACCAAAAAAAUACAAUUUGAACAAGAAAUUGAAGGUGAAUUGGGAAAAAAUCGACCACCAGUUAAAGGAAACAAUGAGAGUUCAUAUAUUUGGCUGAAUCCUUCAUAUAACUCAAUUGAUCUGAAAGGCAGAGUUCCUUUCCCUGGAUAUUAUACAUUUAUCGUUCAUUAUUAUCAACCACAAUUUCCAGUUUUCGAUCUAGACGUAAUCAUUCAAAAUGGUCAGUUUUACGAAGCGAAGGUACCUGUGGAACACUGUCCCUCAGAGUCUGGAUGCAGAUCAGUUAUUGAACAAGCAGAUAAUAAUAACAAAUUCUCACUCACUGAAAAUUUCAUGAUAACUUUGAAGCAACCGGACAACAAAAACGUAUUUCUUGAUUAUCUUUUAAUUGUUCCCGCCGACCUGUACAGCGAACAAAACUUAAUACAAGAAGAUUUGGACAGAACCGGAGAAUUUAUUUCUUUGUGCGGUAGCAACCACUUCAAUAUUAAUACUACAGUUGAAGGAUUCUGCCGAGACUCUGUAUUUUCUAUCACUGCCGGGCACAAUACAGGAGCCCUUCCAUGUCUUUGUGAUUUUGAUGGUUCCCUCAGUUUCGAAUGUGAAAAGUUCGGGGGUCAGUGCCAAUGCAAACCGAAUAUAAUUGGACGUAAGUGUGAAGCCUGCAAAACUGGAUAUUUCGGAUUUCCUGAGUGUAAACCUUGCCAGUGUCCAUCAAUAGCUUAUUGCGAACCCAACACGGGUGAGUGUAUUUGCCCACCUCACGUUACUGGUCCAAACUGUGAUCAGUGUGAACCUGACACAUAUGGGUACGAUCCAAUUAUUGGUUGCGACGAAUGCAAAUGUAAUUACUUAGGAAUAAAUGGUUCAAGACAGUGUGACCUCAGAAGUGGAGAAUGUCCAUGCAAAGAAAAUAUUAUUGGACGAACUUGUGAUAAAUGCAAGCCAGGUUACUACUCUUUCCCAUAUUGCGAGUCUUGUGAAUGUGCUGGCGGCGGAACAGUAGAUGAAAUUUGCGAUCAAGUAACUGCUGAAUGUUUCUGUAAAAAUCAAGUCGUGGGACCUCACUGUGACUUCUGUAGAGAAGGAUCAUUCAAUCUACAAGCUGAUAACAAAGAAGGAUGUACAGAAUGUUUUUGUUUUGGAAAAACUACUAGAUGCGCCAGUUCACAGUUGAUCAAGAUAUCUCUGAAUAUAAUGAAGAACUGGAAAAUUGUUCAUCUGACGUUGAUGGAGACUUUGAAUGUAACUGAUGUAAACAUUGCGUUGGACGACAUGGAUGAAACGAGUAACGAAAUAGGAUUGGACUUUUUGUUUGUGAACAUAUCAACAGUAUAUUUUUCUGCUCCGCGCGACUACUUGGGAAAGAAACUCACCUCUUAUGGGGGAAAUUUGAACUACACAAUUUAUUAUGAGAUCAGUGAAGGCGGCUCGGCAGUGAGUGGGCCUGAUGUUAUUUUGGAAGGCGCUGACACCUAUCUGACUUUCUCUAACUUUGAGCAACCGCCACCUGCAACAGAGUUUUCAACUUCAAUAACUUUGACAGAAAGUUAUUUCGAACUCCCCUCUGGAGAACCAGCUAAACGGGAACAUAUUAUGAUGGUUCUACAAGAUUUGAAAGGCAUCUACCUUCGGGGGCGAUACUGGACAAAAACUUUGACGACCAGAUUGUCCAAUAUUAUCUUAGAUGAAGCUUACGAACCUGAAACUGAAAAUCAAUAUGAGAACAGUCCCUUGGCAUUAUCAGUAGAACAUUGCUUGUGCCCUCCAAAUUAUCAGGGAUUGUCAUGUGAAGAAUGUGCUGUAGGUUAUUACAGAAUCAAGUCUGGACCACACGGAGGUUUUUGUGUGCCCUGUGAAUGCCAUGGACAUUCCAAUGAGUGUGAUGUCGAUACGGGAGUUUGUUUAAACUGCACUCACAACACUAGGGGCGAUCACUGCGAACUCUGCGAUAUUGGUUAUCAUGGCAAUGCCUUGGCUGGUACUCCCAUGGAUUGUUUAAUUUGCGCCUGUCCUCUGCCAAUUUCAAGUAACAAUUUUGCGACUUCCUGUGAUGUGACUGCAGAUGGAGAAGAGAUCAGCUGUGAUUGUAUUGAAGGCUAUCUAGGGGCAAGAUGUCAUUCUUGUGCACCUGGUUUUUAUGGUCGUCCAGAACAAGCAGGGGACUAUUGUAAGCCUUGUAAAUGCUCUGGAAACAUAAAUCCAGAUGAUCCUAGUUCCUGUGACACAGUAACUGGAGAUUGCUUGAGAUGUUUAAACAAUACUUUUGGAGAGGCGUGCGCUCUUUGUGCUCCAGGAUAUUUUGGAGAUGCUAUUAAUAUGAAAGAUUGUCAAACUUGUAGUUGCGACAAACUUGGAACCGAUCAUUGUGACAGUUUCACUGGAAAAUGUGUAUGCAAACCGAACGUUAUCGGUGAGAGAUGUGACCGUUGUGAGGAAGAACACUUUGGCUUCCAGACAGGACAAGGAUGUGUUCCAUGCGAUUGUGGAGAAGCUUCGGAGAGCAAUACUUGCGACGACAUAACAGGACAAUGUAAAUGUAUGCCUGGUGUUACUGAAAGAUCUUGCGACAGAUGCGCUGGUGGAUACUGGAACUAUACUUCUGAAGGAUGUAUUUCAUGUGGCUGCAAAAGUGAAUAUUCUCUUGGAUUUGGAUGUAAUGCUCUCACUGGGCAAUGUGAAUGUCUUCAAGGGGUGGUGGGAGAAAAAUGUGACCAGUGUCCACAUAGAUGGGCGUUUGUUCCAGAUUUCGGCUGUCAUCAGUGUGACAACUGUCACCAUGCUCUCUUGGAUGAUACAGAUCAACUUUCUAUUAUAAUUGACCCAGUGAUAUUUGAUUUUGAU